AUGACUGGAUUGCUCUCUGAUGCCUAUGCUAAAACAGCAUCAAUAAGCACUAUCAUGAACGGUUUCAAGAGAACUGGAAUAUGGCCGGUUGACUGCACUGUAUUUUCUGAGAUAGAUUUUAUCGCUGCUAACGCCUUGCUUGAAGAUGGUUCAGAAAAUGCAAGUGAGGCAGAAAAUUUACUGAAACGACUCCUGAGCCUAAAGCCGAUGCUACUGAGCUACCAGUUCACAGUGAUAGUACUGAGCAAGACAAAAAUUGGAACACAAUAG